UCACACUAAUAGACAGUGCUAUUCAGACCAGCUAACGUCCGCAUCCAGUAUUCAGUGGCAGUUCUCAUAGCCCCAUCACACUGUUUGUGUCUAAUACAUGCAUCGCUUAAAAACCAGGCUGUAGACCACCAUGAAGACGUAGCCGAUCCAGGCGCCGUGGCGCUGCUCGCACGUGGAGAAGGUUUCAUUGGAAGAGCGGUUGAAGGGUUCGGUUCCCCAGACUGGGAUGCUCAUGAUUGCGGUUGCUCUGAAGAAGAUGCAGAACCCGGAUAUGAAGUUCAUUUCAACACAACUAUUAUUUUCUGGACAGAAAAGAGCUUACUUACUUGAAGAUGUGGUUCAGCACUUCCCGCCAGACACUUACCUGGGUUCCAGACUCCUUUUUCUCCAGUCUUUUGAGUGGACGCAUUUCCACCCUGAAGGAUGAAACUGGAGCCAUCUUCAUCGACAGAGAUCCGUCUCUCUUUGCGUCCAUCCUCAACUUUCUGCGGACCAAAGAACUUCACCCGCGCUCCAUCAGCGUGCACAUGCUCAUGCACGAGGCCGAGUUCUACGGGAUCACGCCUCUCGUGCGCAAGCUGCAGCUGUGUGACGAGUUGGACCGCUCCUCCUGCGGAAACGUCCUGUUUAACGGCUACCUGCCUCCGCCGGUCCACCCGGCCAAGCGGCGCAAUCGUCACAGCGUGGCUGGCUCUCAGUUCGCGACGGGUCGACCGGCGCCCGGUGAGAGAGCGCCGGUUCGACGCAGCAACACCAUGCCGCCCAACCUGGGUAACUCCGGGAUGCUGACGAGGGGCGACGAAAGGGUGUCGGGAGGUCCGUUGUCAGAUCCCGGCUUGGUCAGGAUCAUUUGCGGGCAUCACAAUUGGAUCGCAGUGGCAUACUCGCAGUUUGUGGCCUGUUACAGAGUGAAGGAGUCGAGCGGCUGGCAGCAGGUCUUCACGUCGCCUCGCCUGGACUGUCUGAUCGACCGGGUGGCGCUCAACGCCAGGGUGAUGGGCGGCUGCCUCGGUGACAACGACAAGAUGGUGGCCGUUGCCUCGGGAACCGAGAUCAUCCUCUGGUCCAUCUGCCCCGACGGCAACGGGAACGAGAUCGGCGUAUUUGGCCUCAACGUGCCGGUGGAGUCUCUCUUCUUCGUGGGGAACCAGCUGAUUGCCACAAGUCACACCGGGAAGGUUGGCGUGUGGAAUGCCGUCACCAAGCACUGGCAGAAUCAAGACGUCGUUCCCAUCAGCAGCUACGACACGGCCGCCUCCUUCCUCAUCCUCGGGUGCAAUAACGGAUCCAUCUACUACAUCGACGUUCAGAAGUUUCCCCUGAGGAUGAAAGACAACGAUCUGUUGGUGACGGAACUUUAUCGGGACCCCACCGAGGACGCCAUCACCGCGCUCAGCGUUUACCUCACACCCAAAACCAGCGACAGCGGCAACUGGAUCGAGAUCGCUUACGGCACCAGUUCCGGAGCGGUGCGCGUCAUCGUGCAGCACCCGGAAACCGUGGGAUCGGGCCCGCAACUUUUUCAGACCUUCUCGGUCCACCGCAGCCCCGUCACCAAGAUCAUGCUCUCUGAGAAGCACCUCAUCUCAGUGUGCGCGGACAACAACCACGUCCGCACGUGGACCGUGACACGCUUCCGGGGCAUGAUCUCCACCCAGCCGGGCUCCACGCCGCUCACUUCCUUCAAGAUCCUCAGCCUGGAUGAAGUGGACGGACAGGGAGGCUGCAGCGCCGGCACCGAGAUAGGGCCGUACGGCGAGCGAGACGACCAGCAGGUCUUCAUCCAGAGAGUCGUUCCGGACACCGACAAACUAUACGUCAGGCUGUCCUCCAACGGGAAGAGAGUGUGCGAGGUGCGCUCGGUGGACGGCACGUCCAUCACGGCGUUCGUGGUUCACGAGUGCGAAGGUUCCAGUCGCAUCGGCUCGCGGCCUCGACGCUACCUGUUCAGCGGACACGCCAACGGAAGCAUCCAAAUGUGGGACCUGACAACCGCCAUGGAGAUCGCAGGGAAGGUGGACAUCCGAGCGCUGGGCGGGCCCACCGAGGAAGAGCUGCUGGAGCUUUUGGACCAGUGUGACCUCGCUCUCACCAGAACUCCCGACAGCACGCCAAGAACCUCCAUGUGCAGUUUGUCUUCAGGUUCUUGCGACGGCUUUCGAGCGGAUCGCGUCUGCUCUUCCGGAGGAGGAGGAAGAGGCCCUUCUCUCUACGGUAGUCUUCCUCGCCAAGCUCCGCCCCCUAAAUCCUCACCUUCGGGACCGCCGCCCAACUUCGCCUUCGCCGCGUUCGGACCUCAGUGCCUCGCCGGCUCCAGCCCGCGACCCCGCCGUUUGGCCGAGCGGGAAGGCGGCUGGACGCGCAGGGGCAGUUUCGUGGAACGCUGCCAGGAACUAGCCAAAGGCUCCGACGCCUCGGAGGGCGUCCGCCGAAGUCUGGCCGCGUGCGGCGAGCUGGAGGCGCGCUUCGGCCCGAGGACGCCUCCCGUGGUUUUCUCCGCUCCGCCCGGCCCGCGCCAGCCUUCGUUUAGAAUCGCCGCCCCCGCGUCGCCCGCCACUAGCCCGACGCGCUCGCAGACACCCGCGCCGGCUCGCCGUAACGCCAUCCCCGCUUCCUCGCCGCCGCCCGACGCCGCCGCCUCGCCGGAAAGUCCGGCCGGUGGCGAGGGACCAACAGCCGGUCCCCCGACAGGUAGCCCCAAACCGCACAUGAACGAGACUAGCUUCUGACAGCCGGCGCGUACGAACUGCCACGUGACAGGAAGUGCCGCUAGGUGUCAACUUCCUGUCGCCGAAGUCGCCCAUCAUCGAGACCACAAAAAAAAAUGUUGCCUGUCCAUUCAAUCCUUUUUUCUAGAAUGGCCCCACCCACUUUUACUGCCAGGGUUGCUAACGGCUAGCAAUAAGCCACGUUAUCCUUCAUAUCUUUGUUAGAAAAAAGAAUAAAUAAUUGUUCCAGAGACUUAAGUAUGACCAUGUUUUGUAUAAUUUAAAAAGAAAAAAAAACAUUUAUAUGUUAAAAUAUAUAUAUAUUUCCUGUAGCUAUGGGGUCACGUCCUAUUGAUUUGGUGGUACAUUGGGGUCACUUCCUGUUUAUAUUGGUUCAUUUCCUGUUGAUUUAGGGGCAUGAUCACUUCCUGUUGCUAUCAUGUCACUUCCUGUUGAUUUAGGGGAAUUUCAGGGUCCCUUCCUGUUGGUAUCAGGUCACUUCCUAUUGAUUUGGGGAUAUAUUGGGGUCACUUCCUGUUGAUAUAAUUAAAUAUAUACAUAUAAUAUGCUGCCAUAGCAUAUUCAUGGCGCAUUAAUCCCCCGCACUAUUUUAAACUUGUCUGUUUUACCCUGGAAACCCCGUUUUUUAAAAUUAUUAUUAUAAUUGGGGGUGUCAGAGUAGAACUUCAAGUCACCUGAGUUUUUUCCGCCAUAUAUAUAUAUAUAUAUAUAUAUUAGGGCUGUCAAAAUUAUCGCGUUAACGCGCGGUAAUUAAUUUUUUAAAUUAAUCACGUUAGAAUAUUUGACGCGAUUAACGCACAUGUCCCGCUCAGUAUUCUGCCUUUUGUUAACUUUUACAGCAAGUUAUUUUGUGCUGUCUAACAGCGAACUCUUGUGGUCGCUUUGAGACAUGGUUUAUUGUUUUCUAGCCAGUUCAUUAUGGCUGCACGACGUCUCAGGCUGAUAAUGUUGUGCUUAUAUGAUCCUUGGACAAGAUUUGUCCAUAAGUAUGGUUGUUGUAAAGAAUGUACAUAUUAUGUUAGUAAGCGAAAUGUUAUAUUUUUUGUAUGAGACGCUUUUUCUUUAUGUUUAGUGAACCUGUAUAGCGUGCUAAGCUAACGUUGUUGCUAAUGCAAUGCUUGUGUACUUUUUUUGUAGUUUCACUACGGUCUAAAGAGGACAAUGGUUUGAGGCCAUUUUAUGAAU